AUGGCGUCUGGCGAUGGUGGGCAAGCGUUUGCGAAUGUUCUCGCGAGCCUUGAUACACCAGUACCGCAAGCUGGAACUCCACAGGCCGUGGGUGGACCAGCUACUCCAAUAGGCUCAGGCGGUGGCAAGCGGAGAGGUGGCGACCACACGGAGUACACCGACGUAGCCACGCUGAUGGAGCAGCAAACUCGCAUGAUGGAGCAAAUGGCAAUUACAAAUCAGGAACUACAGCGCCAAGCACAACAGCAGCAGCAGCAGAAUCAGCAACUCAUGGGCCUGUUGGCGCGGCUAUCCCCCCCAGGAUUGGCGCUGGGAGAGCAGCAGCCGGCAGUUGCACCUCAGGCCCCACAGGUGGAAGUGGAGUAUUUGAAAAAGAUCCCCGACCACAUUCAAAAGCAGUUGACUCAUUUCAUGCAAGAUUUUGAGAAAUCGAUGGCCAAGAUAACUCGCACGCGAGUCACCAUCGAGAAGCUGAGCAACGACGUGCAAGUGCUCAAAGUGGCUGGCAGUAAGGAUACGUUCGUCCAGGAGGGCACGAAGAUCAUGCAGAGCGUGACGGACGACAGAGGAGCGUCCCUCGGCCUCGACUCCACUCGCUCCAAACCCUUCGACCCGAAGUUCGUAGAAACGAAGCUCGACUCCAUGUGGCACCAGAUGGUCGAUAAAGAGGCUGGCAUACAGAUUACGGGGCUGGCGGACACCGACAGGCGCGGAAACGUCUAUCCGUUGAUUCGCUUGGCAUUUGCGUGGCUGGAAAGCUCAGACUAUGUACCCAUAAAGAACGACAAGGAAACUGGCUACACCCUUGUCCGGCGAAGUGACAACACCCAGAUCGAUGAAAUGAUUUUGAACGGACCUCAGUACCAGGAGGUUUCAACUGACCCAAUCAAUUUUGACAGCGUGGCGCGGUCUUAUGUGAAACUUGCACAAGACAUAGAGAAGUAUGAAGAUUUCCCCAUCGCUUCGGAUAUCACCCGAUCCCUCAAAGCUCCGAGGCACACUUACAAAGCACACCUUUUCAAAACAUGCAAGACACACAAGGCGCCAGAACCGAUUUCAUUUCGGAACGUGCACGCGGCAGGCAAGUAUGCCUUCGCAGGGCUGUCGCAUUGGCUCGGCAGAAGGCUUCGCGAGGUCAUCAAGCGGUAUCCUCACGUGGUGCGGGACUCCGCCGACGCAGCCAGGAAACUAAUGAGUACAAGACUGGAUCCGAGAGACCACUUGUGCACAAUGGAUGUGAAAGAGUUUUUCAUGUCAGGGACAACGGAAGAGCUCGUGAAUGACAUCCUGCACUUCUUCUCUGGGAGGCUGCGUGUGCUCAUUGAGCGCGCAUUGUAUUUACUGCUUGAUAAUCAAUUCAUUACGGCGUCCACGUUGCCAGGCCGGUGCUUCAAAGUAGUGCUCGGUACGGGCAUGGGCCUCCCUCAUUCGGGAGACGUGGCCGACUUAGCAUUGAUUCGCCGAAUGGAAACAUGGGCCGUUGCAAAUCUUACGCGUUUCAGCAUUAAGCAGUACUUGAGAUUCAAAGACGACAUAUUCUUGAUCUGGAAACACAGUUCGCUUGGAGGCCAGUUCUGCAGCGAGCUCAUGACCAAGUCAGGGUUUUUUCGCCUAAAGGAGAUCGGCGCGGCGGUGCACGCGGCGCGGGCACCGGGGAGCCUGGUGCAGGACCCCGACGCCGGGGGCUGCGCGGGCGGCCCAGCACCCCCAGCCGCGGUGGGGCAGCAGGUCGGGCAGGCUCACACAGCUGGUGCAGCUGCACCGCCGCUGCCGCCGCCGGCGGCGCCGCCGCAGACGCACCAGGGGCCCCUGCCCCCGCAGGUCCCCGGGCCCCUGCAGGCAGCCCUACCGCAGCAGCCACUGGCGCCGCUGCAGGCGCCCCCCGCGUGGGGCGCGGGCGGCGGAGCGCCGGCUCGGGCGCCGGCUCCGGCGCCGGCCCCUGCCGCCGCGGCCGGGGUGCCGCCCGCGGCCACGCAGGGCCCGAUGGGCCAGCCCAUGGGCGCGUUCGGAGGCUACCCGCAGCCGCUUGGGCAUGCCGCGGGCGCCGCCAACCCGCACCAUGUUCCCAACGCCUACGCAGGCAUGGGCGUGCCGCCAGCAACGCCUGGAUUCGUUGGUCCCUGCAUCCACCCGAUGGCCUUCGAUCCGAGCGCCCCAGUGGGCUACCACCCAGGCAUGUUCGCGGGCUUCCCGCCGCAGACGCCGCCGCCCGCGCACCACCACCACGCGCCCUUCGCGCACGCGCCGGCGCCGCCGCCCUCGCAGCCGGCUCCGCCCGCGCAGGCCGUCGAGCCGAGGAGCUUCCUGCGGAGCGAGGGCUCCAUGCCCCCGCCGGUGGGCGGAGGCCCGGCGGCCGCUUGGAGCGCGCUGCCUGCGAGGGCCCACGGCGGCGUGAUCCCGGGCGAGGCGCCCGCGGCAGUGGAGCAGCGACGUGCCGCAGUCAGCUUUCGCAGCACGCACAUGGCGCGCCCUUUGAUGUCGGAGACGCCCCUGUCGCAGAUGGCUGCCGACGGGGCAGAGCCGCGCCUCCGCGUGGUCGGUUGUCGAAUCGAGGGCGAGGGCGCCCGGGGGAGCGUCAGGGUCGGGAGUCCCCGUGCGUGUUUCCCGCCACAGCUCAAACAACAGGUGCACAGGGUGCAGCCUGCAGCCAAGACUGGCCUGUCCAGGAUGAGCCUCCGAAGCGAGGCGCCGCCCACCCUUGAAUCCGCCGUCGGUGCCUGGGCAUCCCUGGGUAUCCCUGGCAUGCUGCUGCUUCCUCGGCACGAGGGUUUCCCUAGCAUCUUGGCGGGCACCGUGGGGCCUGGAUCCUUAGACUCCAUGGUGCUCAGCAUCCUUGACAUGAGCGGCUGCAGCGGGCCCCCGCCGCCGAGCUCCCAGCCGCACGCCUCGGGCGAGGUGGACGAGCUGCGCCGGCGCCGGGGCCCCGGCAUGCCGAGUGGUGCGUCGGCGGCUGCAGUCGAGCAGUGGCGGAGCGCCCUGGCGGGCGUGCCUCUAGGCCUGGAGGCGAGCGAGGCGGCCAUCCGGGCGCUGUCCCGGGAGCGGCUCGCAGGCGCCGCUGCCGACGGUGCCGGCGCCGGCGACGCCGGCGAGGGGCUGGCCGCACCGGCCGCUGCCCCAGCAGUGGAGACCGAGCCAGCGCCAGGCAGUGGCGAUAAUGCCGGCCACUGGACCCGUGACUGCAGACCACGGCGACCUGCCCUGGGCAACCACGCGCUGCAAACGCUGCCGCGCGAGGCCGAAGAUGCGCUCGAGCUCCGAGGACGGGCAGCAACCCUCGCACUGUGCAGGUGGGUGUUGGACGCUCCCGCGAUGUCGAUGCCGUAG